GGCAGUCAGCCUGCGACAGAAAAACAAACGAGGAUAGGUCGAGCAGUCCACAGCCAGUGCAUGUUUUAAAAGAGCAACAGACAGUGGGAGCCGAGGCUAUGUGGAUUUAAACCUUCAUUUUUUUGGUGUCGUUUUAACGCGUGCUCGGUCACUUAGUUUGCGGGUUCUCAUUUUUUGGAGGAGCGUGUCCCCCCCGUCUGCCCAGCCUCUCUGGAGCGAGCACCAAGGACCAACAGCACGAGGCCACGUUCACUCUCACACAGCAACCCAGCCCAUUGAUUGGAGUGAGGUCACAGCAUUGACACAGCGGAGGUGUUGACACAACGGUCACCCAGCUAAAAAGUUGAACCUGCCUCAACGUACAUGAGGACUCCAUGAAAGAUGACAGAGGAGGUGAUUGUUGUAGCCAAGUGGGACUACACGGCCCAGCAGGACCAGGAACUUGACAUCCGUAAAAAUGAGCGUCUCCACCUGCUGGACGACUCGAAGACCUGGUGGCGUGUCCGCAACGGCGGCAACCAGACGGGGUACGUGCCGUCCAACUACGUCGAGCGCAAGAACAGCCUGAAGAAAGGCUCGCUGGUGAAGAACAUCAAAGACACGCUGGGUUUGGGAAAAACUAGGAGGAAGACGAGCGCCCGUGAUGCUUCCCCAACGCCGAGCUCCGACACAGAGUACCCCUCCAAUGGGAGCGGUGGUGGCGGCGGAGGCGGAGCUGCUGAACGGAUCUAUGACCUCAACAUCCCCGCCGUAGUCAAGUUUGCCUACACAGCGGAGAGAGAGGACGAGCUGACCCUUGUCAAGGGCUCCAAGGUCACCGUGAUGGAGAAGUGCAGUGAUGGCUGGUGGCGGGGCGGUCAGACGGGCCGCGUGGGCUGGUUUCCCUCCAAUUAUGUGCUGGAGGAGCUCGGUGGACCUGACGACGGAGAGGAAGGAGAUUCUUCUGGCUACCAGGGAGGCUCUCAAGGGACUUUGUUGGCCAACGGGCGUGCGGGUGGCCACGAGGCUGUGCUCCACUUGGUGCAAACGCUCUACCCCUUCAGCUCUGUGACCGAGGAGGAGCUGAACUUUGAGAAGGGAGAGGUCAUGGAGGUGGUGGAGAAGCCCGAGAACGACCCAGAGUGGUGGAGGUGUAAGAACUCGCGCGGCAUGGUGGGCCUGGUGCCUAAAAACUAUGUGGUGGUGCUGGACGAGCGGCCCGACCCGCCCUCCUCUGCGCCGAGCUUCCCGCAGAACCGCUUCGUGGCUCCAGCGCGCUCGGGGAAGUUCGCCGGGAGGGACUGGUACUACGCCAACAUCACCAGGCACCAGGCCGAGGCCAUACUCAACGAGAGGGGAGAGGAGGGCGACUUCCUCAUACGAGACAGCGAGUCAUCGCCCAAUGAUUUCUCCGUGUCUCUGAAGGCGUCCGCUAAGAAUAAGCACUUUAAGGUGCAGCAGUCGGAGGGAGUGUUCUGUAUCGGCCAGCGCAAGUUCGACUCCAUCGACGAACUAGUGGAGCACUACAAGAAGGCCCCCAUCUUCACCAGCGAGCACGGAGAGAAGCUGUACCUGGUCAAAGCGCUGCUGUGAUUCACACAUUCUCUCACCUACACUGGAUCUCACACACACACACACACACACACACACACACGCGCACACACACCAUACACAUGUAGGUCUAAUGCCACCCCCUAGCUGUCUCAAGCCUUAGCUCUGGACCCUCUCGCGGCGGCGUGCUACAUCCAGUUUGAUCUGUCGCCUCCCAAGUGGUGCUCAGGUGAAACACUUUUCUCGCUCUACAACCGAGCAGUUAACACCAGGAAAUAGCCAGCUCCAUCCUUUCGUGUACGGCGCAGUGCAUCGCGGUCCCGUCUGUUGGACGGGGCUAACGUGUGCGGUGACCACAUCUGAGGCCCGGUUUGGGGGGCGGAGCUCUCCCUCUGAUGUCAUACAUAACGUCCAUUUACUAGCGCGCACAUUGUAGGUUACACCAUCGCUCUUAAUCCACAUGGUGAAGAAAGAACUCUGAGGGACCUUGCCUGUCAAAUUGCUGGCCAUUGUUUUAUUUUGUUCAUUUAUUUAAAAAGGAAAUCCUUUGUUUCCUCGGUUAACUUUUUUGUUCUUUUAAAGAUCAUUUAAAUUUCUCUGCGGGGGUUUGAAUCACUGCUCUUUCAUACGACGACUUCACAAAGUGACCAGAAUCACUCUCUUGCCUUUUUUUUUUCCUCCUAAUUUUCAUCAUUCCUUUUUAUAUAAUUUUCCCCCGCCCCCAUUUUUGAAUUUGUGUCUUCUGUCACCUUUACAAAUAGUUUCUUUCUCCACAAUCUUUAGAAGUGAUUCAAAAUCUGCAUACAAUACUUCCUGUAAUAUUUAUAAAAGACAGCGUGGGGUGGGGGUGGGGGGGGGAGCGUUAAUGCAAUAGGGGAGACCUCUGAUUUUCUGUAGAGAUGAAUGUUUAUCAAUGUAACCAAAUGUGCCAACCUGUACCCAGACUACUGGCUGCAGGUCUGCACUGCACUCCCCCGUACGUGGCAUUCAUGUGUAGCUCAUGCUUUAUAUCGUGUCACAUUGGACAUGUUUCCUGUUCAUGUUUCUGUUCUCCGGUAUGUGUCUGUAGCUACGUGAAGAUACCGACUGAAGAAUAAUAAAAAAACUACUUUUUUUGGUAACAAGUUUUGAGUAACUACACUUAAUUUGCUCCAGCUCCUGCGAAUUAAUGCAGUUAGUGAAAUGGUACCCUCUUCUGGUGGAGUAUCUGUCGAAGAUAAGAAUAUCUUUGGGAAUCUCGUCAUUACGGAGAAUGUGUAAUUUUACACAAAAAUACACAAUUAUUUACAAGAUUAAGUGAAUGACUGAGACCUAAAUAAUUAAUGAACUAAGAAGGGAUGACCCUGAAACGUCACGUAUUGUCAUUCAUUGGUCAACAAAUAGUUUGGAAAUACUAAACCCCUCCCCCCAAAAACAGCAAUUGUCCAAUCAUAGCUUAGCAACUGUAAACUGGACUUGGCAGGUCUGUCUCCAAGGCGAUUCAUCUGGUAAACUGAUAUCGAUUAUCAUUUUAAGCUGCAUGUGUUGCUCAUGACCAGGACUUUGGGAGCUGGGCUUAACAGUCAAUUUAUAAUUAGUUAUCUUUUACUGCGAGAAACCAAAUAUAUAAAUCUGGUUGAUAAUGGGGAAAAGAAUAUUCUAGUCCUACCAAACAUUUUACUAGUCCUUUUUUUUUCUUUUCUUUUUUUUUUUGCAUUUGUUCACCAAUGGAAGUGAUCAUGGGGUCCUCAGCUUUUAUAUGAUAUAUCUGAAUGUUAUUGAGCAUUGUUAUUUAAUUCUUGUCUCCACUGUAUGUGUAUAUAUAUAUAUUAAAAAUAAAUAAAGAUGUGCAUAUAUGAAUUGCUGAGAUCAAACUAUGGUACUGUAUAUCACUGACGAUGUGAUGAGAAUUUAAAUACUUUUGUUCAAUAAAUAUUUUGG